AUGGCGCACAUCGUUGCGUCGAUUACUGUUUUUGUAAACGCACCGCCAUUAUAUCUGCCGCGAAGGUACGCCAUUGCAAACGCAAGGAUUGCCCCGAUGCCUUGUUCCUUUGCCGCGAGAAUGGCGGCCAACAGAUUUGUUCGUGACCGAUAUGCACGGGCAAAACGGCAGGAGAUUGCUUGUGCUACAGCUGGAGAGGCUAAAAUGUGGAUGGAGGCAUUUGAGCACGGAAAGCAACAGGUACGAGGAAGUCCAGAAACACUUCUCCGGCAAUCCUCAAACUUGGCUUCUCGUGUUAGGCCUGAUGGGCACUUUGAAGGGGACAAUGGUAAAGGUGUUCUUGUGAAGGCUGUUAGUGUGAUUGAGGCAAGUGCUGAUGCUGUUUUUGAAGUUGUUUUGAACCUUGACCCGCAUCAGAGAUAUGAGUGGGAUACAUUGACAGGCGACUUGGAGCUGUUAGAUUCUUAUGAUGGACACUACGAUGUUGUCUAUGGCACAUGUGAUUCCAAAUAUCUUUCCCGUGAAUAUGAGGAUUCUGAAGUGCAGGAUGAGUUUUAUGAUGCAAUGGCUGCUGGCUCAUCAUCAUCAUCAUCAGAAGAGAGUGAUGAUGACCAUGAAGAAGCAAAGAAGUCUCAGUACUGUUCUAUUUCAAAUGCAGAUCCAGAUGCAAGCAAGGACCUGGAUUCGAGUAUAGCUCCAAUCAGUAUUGAUCCAAGCCAAUUUCAUGGUUCUCUCAACAAAGGAAAGGAUGAAAAUGACUCUGACUGUUGGACUUCUCCUAGUGGCACAGGAUUUAUGAUUAGAGGAAAGACUUAUCUAAAAGAUAGCACUAAGGUAAUGGGAGGAGAUCCCCUUCUCAAGCUAAUUGCAGUUGAUUGGUUCAAGGUUGACAAGGCCAUAGAUGGGAUUUCACUUCAUCCCAGGUGUCUAGUGCAGGGGUAUUGGAUGGUCAAGCGUGCAGUUGGAACAAAAGCUUGCCUGUUGGGGAAAGCAGUAACCUGCAAGUACCUCAGACAAGAUAAUUUUUUGGAGAUUGAUGUUGACAUUGGCUCAUCAUCUGUAGCAAGAGGGGUCAUUGGCCUAGUCCUCGGAUAUGUCACAAGCCUGGUUGUUGAUCUUGCAAUUUUGAUAGAGGCAAAAGAGGAGGCGGAGCUGCCUGAGUAUAUUCUUGGAACUGUCCGGCUAAAUCGUCUGAGGCUCGAGUCAGCUGUACAUUUGGAGCAUCAAAUCAAGCAUGAGCUCCUUCCUACUCUUUUGACUGCUUAUAAUGGGAAUCCAAUUCAUUCAAAAGGAGUGAAAAUUUCUUUUCCUAAAAAGCUGUGUUCAUCACAGCCCCCAAGGCCACACGGUCGAAUUAUCUCAUCACGGGGUCCCCGUGAGGGGUCUCAGGAAGCAGGACCCUCUCGUGAUGUGAUCAUGGCUUAUGACUUAGCAGUUGUCUUGGCUACUGAUCCUUACUCAGAGGCUCUCUUGAGCUUAAAAUCUGAGCUCGUUGAUGAUGAUAACAGUUUGGAUGAUUGGUUAGUGCCUCCUGGAGGGAACACAGAAGAGAAAGUUCAAGCAUGUUCUUGGUCUGGUGUCAAAUGCAACCAGAAUUCCACAGUCGUUAUUGCUUUAGACCUGUCUAUGAAGAAUCUCCGUGGUGAAUUAUCAGGGAAGCAGUUUAGUGUCUUCACUGAGCUUGUUGAUCUCAACUUCAGCUACAACUCAUUCUCAGGGAAGCUUCCUUUGGGAAUCUUUAACAUAACUAAUCUAAAAAUCUUCGAUAUCAGCAGAAACAAUUUUUCUGCCCAGUUUCCAGAUGGAAUCUCCGAUCUUCGAAACCUGGUCGUGCUUGAUGCCUUUAGCAACAGCUUUUCCGGGCCAUUGCCAGUUGAAGUUUCCCAGCUUGAAUUUCUCGAAGUUCUCAAUCUGGCUGGGAGUUACUUUGAUGGACCAAUCCCAUCAGAGUAUGGUUCUUUCAAGAGCCUCGAGUUUAUUCACCUGGCAGGUAACUUCCUCAGUGGUAGCAUACCACCAGAACUAGGCCAACUCAAGACUGUGACCCAUAUGGAGAUUGGCUACAAUUCAUAUGAAGGAAGUAUCCCGUGGCAAUUGGGUAACAUGAGUGAGCUUCAGUAUCUUGAUAUAGCUGGUGCAAAUCUAUCUGGCCCAAUACCAAAGCAACUCUCCAAUCUCACCAAGCUAGAAUCCCUAUUUCUCUUCAGAAACCGGCUCACUGGAUGGGUCCCCUGGGAGUUUAGCCAAAUUGUGCCUCUUGCAAGCUUAGAUCUUUCUGAUAAUCAACUUUCUGGGCCUAUCCCUGAGAGCUUUGCAGCGUUGAAGAAUCUCAAGCUGCUAAGCCUUAUGUACAAUGAGAUGAAUGGCACUGUUCCACCAGGUAUUGGUCGGCUUCCUUCGCUGGAAACUCUCCUUAUAUGGAAUAAUUUCUUCUCUGGGUCACUUCCACAGGACCUGGGCAGGAACUUAAAGCUAAAAUGGGUGGAUGUUUCCACCAACAAUUUCAUCGGCAGCAUUCCACCGGAUAUUUGUGCAGGUGGGCUAGCGAAACUGAUCCUUUUCUCAAAUAAAUUUACGGGCAGUCUUUCACCAUCUAUCUCCAAUUGUUCUUCACUUGUGCGUCUACGAAUUGAAGACAAUUCCUUCUCCGGUGAGAUCCCUCUUAAAUUCAGCCAUCUUCCUGAUAUCGCAUAUGUGGACCUCUCCAGAAACAAGUUUACAGGUGGCAUUCCCAUAGAUAUCUCUCAAGCUUCCAACCUGCAGUACUUCAAUAUCUCUAAUAAUCCAGGGCUUGGAGGUACGAUCCCAGCAAAAACAUGGUCUUUGCCACUUCUCCAAAAUUUCUCAGCGUCAGCAUGUAAUAUCUCAGGCAAUCUUCCUCCAUUCCACUCCUGCAAAUCUGUUUCUGUUAUUGAGUUAGACAUGAACAAUCUAGCAGGAAGCGUCCCUGAAAGUGUUUCCGAUUGCCAAGCUCUUGGGAAGAUGGAUUUGGCUGAUAAUAAGUUUACUGGUCAUAUACCUGAAGACCUUGCAAGCGUUCCAGCUUUAAGUGUCCUGGACUUGUCACGUAAUAACUUCAGUGGUUCGAUACCAGCAAAGUUUGGUGCUUCUUCAAGCUUAGUGCUUCUAAACGUGUCUUUUAAUGAUAUCUCUGGUUCCAUUCCAUCCAACAACGUGUUUAGAUUGAUGGGUAGCAGUGCUUAUGAGGGAAAUCCAAAGCUAUGCGGAGCACCCCUGAAACCAUGUUCUGCUUCCAUCGCAAUAUUCGGCAGCAAAGGCACAAGAAAGCUUACAUGGGUUCUGCUACUCUGUGCAGUGCUGGUUGUACUUUGUGUGGCAUCAGUCUUGGGGAUAUUCUAUAUCCGGAGAGGAAGCAAGGGUCAAUGGAAAAUGGUCUCCUUCAGUGGACUCCCCCGAUUCACAGCAAAUGAUAUUUUGAGAAGCUUCAGUUCCACAGAAUCACUGGAAGCCGUACAACCAGAAUCUAGUUCAGUUUGCAAAGUAGUGCUGCCCACAGGAAUAACAGUUUCAGUGAAAAAGAUUGAGCUGGAAGCAAAGAGAAUGAAGAAAGCCACAGAAUUUAUGACACAAUUGGGUGUUGCAAGACACAAGAACUUGAUUAGAUUGCUAGGAUAUUGCUACAACAAGCAACAAGCAUAUGUCAUGUAUGAUUAUCUGCCUAAUGGUAACUUGGCUGAAAAAAUCAGUUUGAAGAAAGAUUGGGUGGCCAAGUACAAACUCGUCAUUGGCAUUGCUAGGGGACUGCGCUUCCUUCACCACGACUGUUAUCCAGCAAUUCCUCAUGGAGAUUUGAAGUUGAGUAACAUAUUGUUUGACGAAAAUAUGGAGCCUCAUUUGGCUGAAUUUGGGUUCAAGUACCUGAUAGAAAUGACUAAAGGCUCAUCUCCUGCAACGAUUUCCAUGAGAGAAACAGGUAACUCGCAAACUCAACAGUGCCAUAAAAGAGGAGCUCUACAUGGACAUAUACAGAUUUGGGGAGAUCGUUCUGGAACUUCUGACCAAUGGCAGAUUGGCAAAUGCAGGGGGAGCAUACAGAGCACGCCUAAGGAGGUGCUUUUAAGAGAAAUAUGUAGCUCGAAUCAAACUGGUUCUGCUGAUGCAAUGCAAGAGGAGAUAAAACUGGUUCUUGAAGUUGCUUUGCUCUGCACAAGAAGCAGGCCAUCUGAUCGGCCAUCCAUGGAAGAUUCACUGAAACUUUUAUCAGGAGUAAAUUCGCAAACAAAAUAA